ACCUCCGGUGAGCAGCGAGCACGGGACGCGGUCGGAUUGGAGGUGAAAGAGAAGAUUGCAACACAGCAGCAGGUCGUAGGGGGAGGAUCCGAGACCGGGCGGCGCGCUGAAAACGCAACACCAGCAGGGGAAAGUUCACUGGGACUCAGUUCAGCGGAAGUGGAGCUCGAGCGAAGUCAGUUGGCCCAACAGGUGUCAGUAGUUUUGUGGCUCCCUGUUUCCAGCCUCUCAAGUGGUUCAGAAAAGUGAGUAGAAAAGUUUUAGUCGGUUAGAAGGGUAACAAGAUGUCAAACCUCCGACCCAGGCUGUGUGUACUGGAGAAAGGACCCAGCGGCUACGGGUUCCACCUGCACGGGGAGAAGGGCAAGACCGGGCAGUUUAUCAGGCUCGUGGAGCCCGACACUCCCGCCUCCGCGGCCGGGCUUCUGGCGGGCGACCGCCUGGUGUUCGUGAAUGGAGAGAGCGUGGAGGGCGAGAGCCAUCAGCAAGUGGUCGCCAGGAUACGUUCCACAACCGGGGCUCUGGAGGUUAUCGUGGUGGACGGCGAGACGGCGGAGCUGCUCAAGAAACACAACCUGCAGUGCCGGAAAGAGUUCGUCACGGAGGGGAUUCCCCUGCCCGGGGGGGACAGCGACUCUGACCGCGGGGACUCAAAGAGCAACGGCACCCCGAGGGGGUCCAGCCCUGUCCCGCCUGAGAACGGGGAUGCUUCCUCGGAGAGCUCGGACAGGUCGGGGAGGCUGAGUGUCAGCUCCAGCACCAAGGAGGAGAGGGGUGGGCUGCGGCCGCGGCUCUGCCACAUGAAGAAGGGAACCAGCGGCUACGGCUUCAACCUGCACAGCGAGAAGACCAAACCGGGCCAGUUCAUCAGAGCUGUGGACCAGGACUCUCCGGCACAGAGAGCCGGCCUCCGACCACAGGACAAGAUCGUCCAGGUGAAUGGCCUGUCAGUGAUUGGCCUGCAGCACUCUGAGGUUGUCGCAGCCAUCAAAGCAGGAGGAGACUCCACCUCGCUGCUGGUGGUGGAUGCAGAGACUGAGGAGUUCUUUAAGAGAUGUGGAGUCCUGCCCACGGAGGAUACGUCACCGUGUCUGCAGGCGAAGCCCAAAGUGUCAGUGAGCUCGUCAGCGUCCAGUGCGUCCUCCACCGCCUCGCUGCCAGCAGAGAUGGAGCGGGCCCCGAGGACGGCCCCUGCAGCUGACAGCCUGGCUCUGAGCAUGUCGCUGGCCGAGGCCAAAGAGAAAGCUCGGCAGAAACGAGCUGCCAAGAAAGCCCCGACCAUGGACUGGAGCAAGAGGAACGAACUGUUCAGCAACCUAUAAUCAUCAUCAUCAUCAUCAUCAGGUCUUUCCAGACCGUCUUACCACCCUUUGUCCGCUCCCUGGAUUUGGUUUUAGCUGGACACAAUGUUCAUUUACAACAUUUUAAACUCAUCUCAAACAGUAUUAUUUGAUGA